CUGCCGAAGAAGACCAACCCUAACAGCAAAACAGCAAAGAAGAAGAAGAAAGCAGCGCUACCAGUCCUGGACGAAUCAGACAUCCCCUCCGAUGACGUACCCGCCGAGACCGACACGAAGAGAUGGGAAGCCCUUGGGCCAGACGGGUGGAAGCGAAACCAGACUGGAGCGAUAGAAGACGUUGAGACCAGUGAAUCAGUCCCAAGACAAGUCGCACAACUGGACAUCGAGGACAUAGACCCCUUCGACGACCUGGAUGCGAACCUUAUCAGCUCGGACAGCGACAUGCUCAUCCCAGAGGAUGUCGAAGGGACUUGGGACACACCAGUGGCCAUGGAUACUACACAUAAGGCGGCGAAUGAGACCAUGAACGACCCAAAUGCAGCCACGACCAACUCGUCGGACCUGUCGAAGGAAACCCAAGGGACUACCUCACAGACGAUAGAGCAGCGGAUCGCGGACAAAGCAGCAGGGGUGGACACCACAAUCAUGGACGACACUUGGGAAGUGGCAGCACAACUACAAGCCUUGGAGUCAACUGACACGGCCCCCGAGUACAUAAAGCAGAGUGCAGCAUACAAGACCGACCCGAACGGAGCCGAACGACUAGGACGGCAAUAUCAACAGUUCAUCGGCACUCUGGAGAAAUUCUAUUGCAUGGCUUACAAA